CCCACCAAGCAGAGAAUUUUGUGCUAGAUUGAGUUUAGUUAUAGGUUUUUAUAACGUUGACAAUGUCGCUGCUGCUCAUCCGGAGCGCUUCGUUGCGAUAUGUGCUUCGUUCAUCCGCCGUUCUUUUACUUGUAGGUCUCAUUCUAAUGAUGACGACUACCUUCCUGGAAUCAUUAUUCCAUUUCACACUUGAAAAGCAACGUUUCAGCAAGCCCGAGUCGUCAUUUUUGAAUUUUAACAACGAAACUGGUUCCGAGCACUUCAUCGUUCCGAACAUCAUCCACUUGAUCCGGUUCAGCAAACCGGAAUUCUCUUUUAUCGAUUACAUUUGCAUUCAGGCGGCUUUUCGCAACCACCGACCCGAGCAUUUCUACAUUCACACAGACGCAGCAGACCAAACAUUCAGAGGCAAGUACUGGGAAUUAAUUGAAAACGAUCUCGAGCUAAGAUCGCACAUCCGCAUCCUGCCACUGCAGCCGCCGUCUGAGAUCUUUGGCCAACAGAUUGAACCCGAUUUGAGAGUUUAUCACGGUGGCGACAUUGCCCGCAUUAAAACUCUAAUGAAAUACGGCGGAAUUUAUUUAGAUAACGACGUCUACGUCAUCAAAAAUCUCGAUAAGUAUCGCAAAUUUGAAUUGGCCAUCAAUUGGGACGAAGGACAGUUUCUCGGGACUCAGGUGAUCGUCGCUAAUCGACAAUCUCGUUUUCUGCCCUUGUGGCUCGAUUCCUAUCACGAAUAUCAUCCGGAAUUGUGGUAUUACAAUGCAGGGGAGCGACCGACAACGGAAAUUUUGUUUCAUCACCCGGAAUUGAUUCAUCGAGUGAAAGUGCAAUUCGGAGCUGAUCUUGUUCUUUCUUUAAAUCUUUAUACCGAAAAAGAUUUUGAUUGGCGUUCGCUGGAUACCAUUCAUCUCAUGAUCAAUCAUCGCAGUUAUCUGGAUCCUAAUUACAAUCAAACACCUUCCUUUGAUGAAAAAAUAGUUCAAACGUAUCCUUAUCCAUUUGGAGAGAUGGCCCGAGAAAUGGUCUUGGCUUCUGCAAUGGAAACUUUAAUUGACCGAAAGAUUUAAUACACAUU